CAUUUUUUCAUUUUUUCAUUUAUUCACAUUAAUUGUUAAUGUCACUGUGCGCGUCUCCUUGAUACUAUUUUCACUCUUAUUUUAGCGACAGUACCUUUUACUUAUACUUUCCCUUUCACCAACCAACCGACCAACCAUCAACAAAAACUUUAUAGUGUAAAGAAUAAUACUACUUCACGUUGACUACAUUCAAUUGCAUUUGGAUAAUCCUCUGAGAACUAUGUCGGGUUCAGACUCUGGAUCCUCCGAUCUUUCAGAAGCCUCGUCCCUGUCGUCCGACAAUUCCAGCGGAUCUGAGGCUGACGUGCCGUGGGGUAAGAAGCCGCAGUCAGUCGCAACAGGGACACGGCCCUCACCAUUAAACUAUCAUAAGCGGUCACAGCAGAACAAGAAUCAAUCACAAAUCCCUUCAUCUUCAUUAUCACCACGACUACCACUGCCACGUUCAAUUACUCGUCCAACAGCACACGAUACCUAUGCCUCUCUUCCUUCUUCCUCUUCACCCUUUGGUACAUCUGAGUCUGAAAAUGCUUCGGAUUCGGAUGAAGAUUCGACAGACCAAGAUCAGGCUGCUGUGCACAUACAAAAGAAGGGAGCUAAAGGAACAGGGACUGCAGCCAUGGAUGCCAAGGCUCCUAUCUCUCUCUCGGCCUCACAACCAGUCUACUCAAAAGAGAUCAUGGAGGGGACUAUCCUACUUUCGCCCACGAACACAAAGCAUAGCAACCAUUAUUCCAGUAGCUUGGCCUCUAGCCGAGAGAGAGGACGUGGUCGAGGAAGAGCUCCAUUGACUGGCCAUGGAGCUCGCAAAUACGACCCAGCAGGUGCCACUGUCAUUGACUUUGACGAUCCUUCAUCAGUAUCACUCAGUGACGGAGCCAGUGCUGUUACACAUACCCACGCCCAAACUCUAGCCACAACAUCACCUUUAGCAAAUAAUACUAUUACAUCUACAUCUUCUAUGAGCAAUAUCCCUUCUAAUGACCCUGCUGUACGCAAGAAGAAGUCGAAAGACACCACUGCUGCAGAUCGUUCCAAAUCAAAAACCUCGAUGACUACUAAUGGAACCAAGAAGUCUGGUCGCCGGAAAGUAGGCAGGCCAAAGACAGUGUCUAAAGACGUUUACUGUAUAUGUCGGGAGCCUUAUGAUGGUGUUGAGUUCAUGGUCGCCUGCGAUCGUUGUGAAGAGUGGUUCCAUGGCCGGUGUAUCGGAAUGAGGCCUCAGGACGUGAAAAAGAGCACUCAUUAUUAUUGCGAUACUUGUCAGCGCAUACGGAGAAUGUUUGGAGUCACAAAUGUAACUGGAGAGCCCGCGAAAAGUACAAAAAGCAAAACAGCAUCCAAAAAGGACACUGAAAAAGAAAAGCGUUCUAGGAAGCAGGAUGUUUACGAAACCUCAUCAGCCUCAAAUAUACAUCAUCAGACAUUGUCACCAUUGAAGAUUAAGACGAAAUCAACCUCUAAUGUUAUCUCAUCGCAAAAUACAACUAUGACAAAUAAUAGCGCCCAAGCAAUCAACAAGAGUGCUAUGACCUUACCUUUUCAGCAGCAGGCGCCUCAAGGUUUAACCUAUGCUAGAUCUCUGCCCUCAAAUACGAAUUAUUUUCAUUCUCCUAAAGGGCCAAACCAAAGGCCUAAUGUAGUACAGCAGAAUACUCAUAUGACGCAUUAUAAUACCCUCACUGUGAGACUAUCCCAUACCCAGCCUUCUUAUAACACUAUUAAUUCCCUUGAACGAAUCUCGCAAGAUGAUGAAGAUGAGGACGUAUGUCCAGUCUGCGAUUUUGAAUGUACAUGCAACAACGGCAACAGUGGACCAGUUGACAGGACACUACUGGCUCCUUCUCUCCCACGACCACCGCCAGAGCCAGCACUGGUAUCAACAACAAUGAUGGAAGGCCCUCAUUCUGUCACUGCAAUUAAAGUCCCUUUUCAACCAAAUAUUGUAUUGAGAACAGGUUCAUCAACUCAUGCACAGUCAGAUCAUCUCAAUGAAGAGCAUCGUUCUUCGUUUAUGAACGCUGAGAAACGUCCUGUUAUCAAGAUGGGAAACCAGCAUCCUGAUGUUGAUAUUGAUAUUGAUGUCGAUGUCACAUCAGACGAAGAAUCUUUCCGUACCUCUGCCAAAAACCCGAUGUCGGCUACUAGCAUCCCUCCCUUCGCCAAGAGGCGUUUGUCGGUCACGCGACGUGGGGGUAAAGGCGUUGGAAAGUCCUCCUAUCCGAUGCAUGCAGCCAGAGAUCAAUAUACUUCUCAUAAUAGGCGCGGCAAAGGUUUGAAAGGCGGGAAAAGCGCAGAUGUCAUGCACCUUUACUACCAGACGAUGUCAGGUUCGGACUCUGACAUCUCGGGUGAAUACAAUGAAGCUGAGGAUAGCAAGCACUUCCAUGUACCUACAGAUCGGAACAUUAUUCGAGUGCGUGCACGAUACGAGAGCGACGAUGAUGAUAGCGUAGAUCAAGGAGAAGAAGACGAAGAGAGUAUGGAUGAGGUUCUAUCAUUAAGCUCAGUUAAUUCAUUGACUGAUUUUGAUGAGAAUGAUGCUACCCAGGCCGUUAUUGUGCCGAAAAAGAUGGCAGGCAGGUUCAUAGAAGGACAAGCCAGCAGAAUGUCAUUUCCGCAACCUGCGUAUUCUAAAAUGGAUACGGAUGAAGGCCAUACAUCGGGCACAAGCGAGCGGACGGUUAUGGUCAGUAAGCGUGGCCCAGGCAGACCCAGGAAAAGGAAGAACAAGGAUCCGCUUAUUGUCAGCCGAGAGGAUGAAAUGACGCUCUAUACUCCAGCUGUUGCUUCACGGAAACCAAAGAUAGGCUCGAACAAGCCAACCCGCGCUUCAAACAAAUAUAUGGCUCGAACUGAUCAGACGUCAUCUGUUUCACAUGACCCCAAUGUAAACCAGGAUGGGGUAGUGCUGGAUGCUCUUGAAAAUGAUAAUGCAGGUGAUGAGCAACAGAUACCUACUACUGCUGCUACUGCAGUUCGGAGUGAGGCUCUUUCGGAAUCGUUCAGUGAGAGUGAUCUAUUCGGAGACAGUGACCUGAGUGAUGAGUUAAGUGGAGAUUUAAGCGAUAUCAUGAGCGAUGAUUUUGACGACUUGUCGGAGGAUGGUCUUGAUUUUAAUAGUAGCGAUGAGGACGAUGACGCAAGUAGUACUAGUAGUCCUCGUGAAUUCAACUAUUCGGACAUGGAAGAGCAAGAUGAGUCUUUAGUCGAUUCAGAUUCAUCCAUCAACUCUGUGGUCACAGAUAGCUCAGACUCUUCAGAUGUUAGCACGGAUUCUGAGAACGUUGGGGACACCUCUGACUCCGAGGACGAAGUAAUUGAGUUUGACCAGAAUGGUUCACAAGAGCCAAUUGAUGAGGAAGAAUUGAUGCUUUUGGCGGAGCAGGAGCGUAUUUAUCUUGCCAAGGCGUAUGGUCUGCUCGAUAUCUUAAGUGAUGAAGACUCAGAUCCCGACCGAAACCCAUUCGAAAGUUCCGAGGAUGAUAAUAACGAGGAUGAUGAGCGUGACUUUAUUGAUGAAGAUGAGUAUUACUCAGAUGAUUAUGAGGAGGACGAUUACUAUGAAGAAGACGAAUACAAUGAAAUCGACGAGCAGGAGAUCCUUGCACGCUUAAAGGGCAUUCAAUCAGAUAUACAAACGCUUAUGACGAUCCCUGCAGAGCAGCAGGAGCAGCUGCUACUACUACAACACUAUGGGGAGACCCAUCGUCAGCAGCAGGAGCAGCUCCAACUGCAACAGCAAGGACUACCAUCUCAAUCACACCAGCAGGAAAAGGAGAAGGAGCAGGAGCAGGACCAACCGUACCAGCUGCAACAACAGAAUCAGCUGCAAGCAUCCACAAUAGACCAGCCUAAUAUUGACACUCAGAUUCCUGAUUUAUUGACAGGCGCCGAACUCCUCCCUACAUUUGAUAUGUCGAGCGUACCAGAUCUUGACGCUGUAUCAGAACAGCUUGCAGCAUCGCUGGCUAACAGCAUUGCUAUGAGCAUGGCAGCCAAGAAGAAUGGCUCAUUAUUUUCAGACCCAGUGCCAGAUGAUGGGGAUGAGGAUAUGAUAGCGCAAAGGACAACAGCGAUAGUAACAGCAGAUAUGGAAAACACUCUUCCCGGUCCUAAUGUGUCCCCAAUUUCCGCAUUCUCUCCAGAGUCUUCAGGCGAUACAGCAUGGGCCUCAGCUGCAACAACAGCUGUUGCUCCUUCCCUACCCUCGAGCCUUAGUCCCUCAUCUUCCAGUCUUGCAUCAAUUCAUACGAUCGCCAACACUCCUACACCCGCAAGAAUAACAACCACAGAAGCCACCCUAUCUCCGCUACUACAUACUGAGACCGAAACCCAUAAAAAUUCACAUGUAGAUUCAUCCGUAGGUUCGUCGACAAGCACACUAUCGCCAUCAGCAUUGUUUGACAGCAAUUUUAAAGCUCAGGAACCUUUGUCGAAUGUUAAUGGACAGCCUAUACAAUCCGUGUUAUCAGAGACCACUUAUAGAGUGGUGACGGAUCUCGAGCUUUCCAUGCUAAACCACCAGUCCAAAGACCAAAUCGGAAAAGGUUUUGAGAAGGAUGCUCGGAAGGCAUUGAUCACACCUAUUACCAAAAAUGUACACGAAGAGGAUGAUUUUGGGCUUGUCAGAAGCGAAACCAAUCCCUUGGACACAAUGUCUGUAGAUACCCCUAAUAAUGAUCCCAGGAAGCGUAAGGAUGAUGGUGUGAAGAUCAAGGAGGAGACGCCAUAUCAAGCAAAGAGGAGGCGCCUGUCGACUAUUAGCUCUAAAAGCAAUUCAGCAAUGGAUGAAAAGGAUUCAAUUUCAAUACCAGGAAGUGAGCUAUCUCUUCAUUCUAGUUCAAUCAGCGUUUCAUCACCAUCCGAGUCCAUACCAGUACCAUCAUUGCUCGAACCUCUACCCUCAUUCGGUACUCAUGCCUUUAAUAAUCAUACAACACCCUCACUUAUCGCGAGAUCUAUAUCUGAGCUUGCUCCGGCGGUAGUGGCCAUAUCAACAGUGGCUUAUGAAUUUUCCAAGGCAGCCAUGCCAUUCAUAGAUCUAUCUGAUAAGAUUCCCAUGCCUUCGACUACGCUUCCGAAGCCUGGAGUAAACCCGAACCCCUAUCAACAGCAACAGCAAGGAUCCUCAGUUCGUACGCGCAAGUAUAGCAUCUCUAAGUCUAAGGAGGCAAAGCCAUCAACUGUCGAAGUUAUACCAAUGGAUGAUCUACUGGAUACUUCUGCAUUGUAUGAUCGAUCAUCCUCUAGGUCUCCAUCUCCAGAACAUACGGGGGGAACUAUGGAUGAAAGUGGUGCUGAUAAAGAGACUGAAAGAGAGAAGGCGUUACUCAAGGAUCUGCACCGGUGGGAACGUGUACCUAUUGGUAUGUUCAGACGAAGUCGCUUGCCUAGUUUGCCUCAUGUAGGAUUGCAGCUACAGGGAGCUCUUAAGUCUGGAAACGCAACGACCAUGCCAGCAACCUUGCUAGCUGAUCAUCAACAACAUCAGCAACAACAGCAACAGUUCUAUCAAGAACCGCAUUGUCUUCAGAGAAGAGUAACUGGCGGUUUACGGAAGCAUCGUUCUUCAUCAGCUUCUUCAGAUGUGACUCGAUUCAUGCAAAGUAUGCAAACUAUGCAAACUAAAUCACGGAUCCACAGGACCGUUGGAUCUUCUUCUCCUUCGUCUUCCCUUGCACAGGUGGGCAGGAUGGCGCAGGAUUCACUUCGUGUCGGUGUUCGGAGGCGACGAGCAAGAAGCAGUCAUGGCUCUGACCACAUACCACGAUCAAAUCCUCAUAGUCUAGGUGUAGACCACAUUUCCAAAUUAGCGGGGUCAAGGAUGAAUUUUGACUCACUCCAUGGUGUUGUUGUGACUGCAGCUACAGGAAAUGGUCCAAAAAAUCGAAGAAGAGGAGCAGAUACAGAUGCAGAUGCAGGCACAGGUGCAGGCGUAGAUACAGAUGCGUUGCAAAAUCUGAUGACAGAUGUAUCUCAGCCACCGUCGUCGGCGUGUCCGACGCCUAUGCACUCGCCACUAUUUAGUGCUGCGACUGCUAGUGAGAGAAUUGAUCAUCACAGUUCGGGUGAACCUAUAAUAGCUAAAAAUGGAGUUGUGGAUGGUGGCGCGAGCGACGAUGUGAUUAUAUCUCAUCUAGACUUGGAUAUUGAGAAGGAAAUGAGUGGAUUCCAUGAGAGUCUUCGAGCACAACAACAGCAACAACAAUAACAGCAGGGCAAGGCAGAGGAUGCAAGUGGUUGUGGUGAUAGAUGAGAGGAGAAAACAAG